GCCGAAAGAGCGCUCGGUACGGGGGGUGUGUCGUAAUACGAGUGACGUAUGAAUCGCCCUUUCUAAGUCUCAUUUUUUACAUUGCCAUCAGUGCUCGCCUGCCAGCACCAGUUGGUCCAUUCAUAACGUGCGCUCUGCCUCUGUUUUAGAAUGCAGGCCCGAUAUUUUUGAUAAGCAUUUUAUUCCUCUUGGUUUGGAACCGACACAUCGAUUACAGGAGUUCAGCCAUGGUUCCGGGAUUACGGUUGGCUGCAUGCAUUUUUCUCCUGGUCGGAGCCGCAGUGGCGGCCCAGAAGCCGAACUACUACACCUUCUGCUUCUGGGACGGCUUCUCCCGCUGGCGGCCCGAGCCUUACAAGUCCACAGUUCGCGACAUCCCCGCCAAAUUGUGCAACGCAGUCGUGUACUCACACGUGACCGUCAACAAAAAGAACGGCUGGAUCAAGCUCACCGAUAAGGAGCUAGCGCUCGAUCCAGAUGCAAAAUCGUAUGCCAAUUCCUUCCUCUACAACCCGGUCUGGCUUCUGCCACCGAGCAGAGUCUUCGCCCAGCUUAGGGAGCUCAAAGAUCGCAACCCAAAGCUGAAGCUGCUUCUCGCUGUGGGCGGCCCUCACGAUCCAGUGGAAAAAUACUGGAAGCUCUUUCCGGAAGUGCACCUCUGGAAGGACCUGACAGAGAGCCUGGCACAGUGGCUCAGGGCGUACGACUUCGAUGGCGUCGUCCUAGACUUCUUUUCGGGGUCCCAGUCGCUUCAGGAUUCGAUACGCACUUGGGACAACGCUCUCUACAUCCAUCCGUUCGUUAGGCAAAUCAACUACGGCCUGCAAGCGUAUCGCAAGAACUGGAGUAUCACAUUCACGCUGCCGGCAUUCGACAGCACUACUCAUCACCUGUUCGACAUCGAGAAGCUGACGCAAGAAGUCAACUUCUUCUUGGUUAAAACUAGUGACUGCCAGGAAUUUCCAAAGGGCGCAUUCCUAAACGUAACAAGGACCAUGGACAUGACCGAUAUCGACAGAGCGGAGCUCAUCGUUGAGAAAGGUGCCCCGCGACAACGAAUAGUGCUUGACAUCCCGCUGUCCGGUCGAACAUACACAGCGGUGGCUGAGCCCUCCGGCACUCACAUAGUGUUCCCGGGUCACGCUGGGCCCUACACGAAGCUGCAAGGUUUUCUCGCAUUUUUCGAGUUGUGCAGCCACAUCAAGGCCGGCUGGAAGCGGGAACGCUUCGGUGAAGAGGCCUGCUCGUUCCUCAAGCAGGCUGAUCAGUACGUGUCCUACGAGGACGACGACAGCAUACGCCGCAAGGCGAGAAUGGUAGCGGGACGGCAGUACCGCGGAGCCGCCGUCAGGUCUGUGGAUCUCGGCGACUACACCGGAAGCUGCGCGCAGAAGUCACAUCUCCUGAAGGCUCUCCGCUCAACCUUGGACAUCACCGACCACUACGUGCACUUCUACUACGACCCGCCGAACACGACCUGGUGGGAGGACGUGCAACGACGGAGAAAAAGCGCCCCCACUGAGCCCCCACCGAGUUCGACUGCCGAGCCGAGUGCCAGUGCAACGCAGGGUCCGGCGCGAAACCCGCCCUCGACCACGGAGCCGAAGGCGCACACCCCUUUCGCGCCAUUCAUUCCGAGCGCUACGGAAAAGCAUUCGACGGCAACAACUGCGACUCCUGGAGCAACCACGCAAGCAGCGUCGACAACGGAGUCACUCAUGUCACGAGCGCUUCAGCAAGUUGGGCGUUUUCUAUGGUUCUUGCUCGGAAACUAUCUUGGCAGCAACUCCCGAUCAAGCACUCCGGGCCAAGCAGCGCCACCUACCACGCUGGGUCCGCCCCAAAACACGCCUAUGACCCCGGAGUGGAAUGCUCGUACUCAGCUUGUGCCAGUCAUUUCGAGCGCAAGGGAGAAGCAUUUGACGGCAACAACUGGUGCCGCUGCAGCAAGUACGCAAGCGGCGUCAAAACAAGAAUCCUUCAUGUCACGAGCACUUCAGCAAGGUGGGCGUUUUCUAUGGUUCUUGCUCGGAAACUAUCUUGGCAUCAACUCCCAAUCAAGCACUCCGGGCCAAGCAGCGCAUUUGACGGCAAUAACUGCUGCUCCUGCAGCAAGUACGCAAGCGGCAUCAACAACGGAAUCCUUCAUGUCACGAGCACUUCAGCAAGUUGGGCGUUUUCUAUGGUUCUUGCUCGGAAACUAUCUCGGCAUCAACUCCCAAUCAAGCACUCCGGGCCAAGCAGCGCCACCUACCAGGCUGGGUCCGCCACAAAACAUGCCUAAAACCCCGGAGUCGAGUGCUCGUACUCCGCGUGUACCAGUCAUUCCGAGCGCAAGGGAGAUGCAUUUGGCGGCAACAACUGCUGCUCCUGGAGCAAGUACGCGAGCGGCGUCAACAACAGAAUCCUUCAUGUCACGAGCACUUCAGCAAGGUGGGCGUUUUCUAUGGUUCUUGCUCGGAAACUAUCUUGGCAGCAACUCCCGAUCAAGCACUCCGGGCCAAGCAGCGCCACCUACCACGCAGGCUUCGCAACAAAACACGCCUGAGACCACGGUAUCGAAUGUUCGUACUCCGCUUGCACCAUUCAUUCCGAGCGGAACGGAGAAGCAUUUGACGGCAACAACUGCUGCUCCUGAAACAACUAUGCGAGGGGCGUCAGCAACGGAAUCGCUCAUUUCACGAGCACUUCAGAAAGGAGGGCGUUUUCUAUGGGAUUUGCUCGGAAACUAUCUUGGCAGCAACUCCGGAUCAAGCACCCCGGGUCAAGCAGCGCCACCUACCACGCAGGCUCCGCCGCAAAACACGCCUGAGACCACGAAGUCGAAUGCUCACACUCCCUUUGUGCCAUCCAUUCCGAGCAAAACGGAGGAGCAUUCGACGACAACAAGUGCGACUCCUGGAGCAACUACGCAAGCGGCGCCCACAACGGAAUCCCUCAUGUCACGAGCGCUUCAGAAAGGUGGGCGUUUUAUAUGGGACUUGCUCGGAAACUACCUUGGCGACAACUCCGGAUCAAGCACUCCGGGUCAAGCAGCGCCAUCUACCACGCAGGCUCCACCACAAAACACGCCUGUGACCACGGAGUCGAAUGCUCGUACUCCAUUUGUACCAUCCAUUCCGAGCGCAACGGAGGAGCAUUCGACGCCAACAAGUGCAACUCCUGGAGCAACUACGCAAGCGGUGCCAGCAACGGAAUCCCUCAUUUCACGAGCCCUUCAGCAAGGUGGGCGCUUUCUAUGGGACUUCCUCGGAAACUAUCUUGGCAACAACUCCGGAUCAAGCACUCCGGGUGAAGCAGCACCACCUACUACGCAGGCUCCGCCACAAAACACGCCGGAGACCACGAAGUCGAAUGCUCGUACUCCGUUUGUACCAUCCAUUCCGAGCACAACGGAGGAGCAUUCAACGGCGACAACUUCUACUCCUGGUGCAACUACGCGAGCGGCGCCAACAACGGAAUCCCUCAUGUCACGAGGGGAUCAAGAUGGUGGACGUUUUCGGUGGGAGUUGCUCGGAAAUCUUAAUGACGAUCACUCCGAGUCAAGCACUCCUGGUAAAGCAGUGCCACCUACCACGCAACCGGCCACAGCGACCGAUAAAAGCAGCGACCGUCUGUUUGUGACUGCGCCUUCCUCGCCUAACACGCCAACAGAGAGUCCAACGCCUCAAGUCGAAACGUCGCCGGUCCCGAUUACGGUGCCAUCGGUUCCUUCAACGGCUGAGCUCGAGGCUUCGUCGGCCCUGCCCGCAACCCCACCAGAUCAUCCGACGCCCAAAAUCACGACGUCAUCUGCCCCGCCUACGAAGCCAGCGGAUCGUCCAACGUCUGUUGUAGUGCCGGUAACCGGGAAGAACGAAGGCGACCUCUGCAACGGUGUCGAAAGCGACAAACUUUUGCCUCACGAGUCGGACUGCGCCAAGUACUAUCAGUGCGUCCAUUCUAGCCCGAUCUUACGAACUUGCGGGCAAAGCACCAUUUUCGACAUCCAGCGGCAGACGUGUAAUUGGCCGGCGCUCGCGAACAGGCCCGAGUGCCUUUGAAGAGCGCCUUUGUGCCAGCGCUCUGUGCAGGCACUUUGAUACGAGCGCAGCAGUUCAUUGAAUGACCAAUAAAGUUA